ACCACAACAACAGCAACAACUACAACUACAACAACAACAACAACAACAGCAACUUGCACCACCAUGAGUGAUUCAGCAAUGGACAAAUUAAUCAAACUGACUCCCUGCACCCGCACACCCCUGCUGACAAUUUGGCUGGCCAUCAAUAUGGCGCUAAUCGUACAGGAGCAGGGUACCAAGAGGAGCAUCACAGUCCAAUCGGCAACUGGAGGAGGCAGCAUGUUGGGUGACGUUAACAUAUCCGCUAUUCUCGACUCCUUUAGUGUUAGUUACGACAAAAGAGUAAGACCCAAUUAUGGUGGACCUCCCGUUGAAGUCGGAGUCACCAUGUAUGUGCUAUCAAUCAGCUCGCUCUCAGAAGUGAAAAUGGACUUUACAUUGGAUUUUUACUUUCGUCAAUUUUGGACCGAUCCUCGUUUAGCGUAUAGAAAACGACCUGGUGUAGAAACACUAUCGGUUGGAUCAGAAUUCAUUAAGAAUAUUUGGGUACCUGACACCUUUUUUGUAAAUGAAAAACAAUCAUAUUUUCACAUUGCAACAACCAGUAAUGAAUUCAUUCGAGUGCAUCAUUCUGGAUCGAUAACAAGAAGUAUUAGAUUGACUAUCACAGCAUCGUGUCCAAUGAAUCUACAAUAUUUCCCCAUGGAUCGGCAAUUGUGUCACAUCGAAAUCGAAAGCUUCGGUUACACGAUGCGAGAUAUCCGAUAUUUCUGGAGAGAUGGACUGAGUAGUGUUGGCAUGAGCAGUGAGGUCGAACUACCGCAGUUCCGAGUUUUGGGACACAGGCAGAGGGCGACCGAAAUAAACCUAACCACAGGCAACUAUUCACGUUUAGCCUGCGAAAUUCAAUUCGUGCGUUCGAUGGGCUAUUAUCUUAUACAAAUCUACAUACCCUCUGGACUGAUCGUUAUUAUAUCAUGGGUAUCAUUUUGGCUCAAUCGCAAUGCAACGCCGGCGCGUGUGGCGCUCGGUGUGACAACCGUGUUGACAAUGACCACUUUGAUGUCGUCAACAAAUGCAGCGCUGCCAAAGAUUUCGUACGUCAAGUCGAUUGACGUCUAUCUGGGAACAUGCUUCGUUAUGGUCUUUGCCAGUCUACUGGAAUACGCCACCGUCGGCUAUAUGGCAAAACGAAUUCAAAUGCGAAAACAAAGAUUUAUGGCGAUCCAAAAGAUAGCUGAACAAAAAAAGCAACAGCUCGAUGGUGUGCAGCAGCAGGCCAAUCCGAAUCCGAAUGUCGGAGGCGGACCCGGUCCUGAGCAUGGACAUGGGCAUGGUCACCAUGCCCACAGCCAUGGUCAUCCGCAUGCGCCCAAACAAACAGUGAGUAACCGCCCAAUCGGCUUUUCAAAUAUCCAACAAAACGUUGGUACGCGCGGUUGCUCGAUAGUGGGACCCUUGUUCCAGGAGGUGAGAUUCAAGGUCCAUGACCCAAAGGCACACUCCAAGGGAGGCACGUUAGAGAACACUGUGAAUGGCGGUCGUGGCGGACCCCAAUCCCAUGGACCUGGGCCAACGCCUGGCGGCGCUGGACCUGGUGGUGGUGCUGGAGGCGGCGGUGGUCCACCCGAUGCCGGCGGUGAUCCGGAGGCAGCAGUGCCAGCACACUUACUCCAUCCGGGCAAAGUAAAAAAGGAUAUUAAUAAGCUUCUGGGCAUAACGCCCUCGGAUAUUGACAAAUACUCGCGCAUUGUGUUUCCCGUAUGCUUUGUAUGCUUCAAUCUGAUGUACUGGAUCAUUUAUCUGCACGUGAGUGACGUCGUUGCCGACGAUCUCGUCCUGCUUGGUGAGGAAUAAAUGCUCUGACGGAGGACAAGCACAGGGAAAACAUGGAGGAGUGAACAAGUGAACAGCGAACGUGAGAGUCAAACUAUACAGCGCGCUGAAAAACAACAGAAUAAAAAACACAAAAAAACAAAAAAAAACACACAAAAAAUUAAUAUCCAAAAUUAAUUUUAACUAGCGAUAUGAAAAUUGCAAAAGCAACAUAUUAUUGUUAAUUACGAAAAGGACACACAUAUUAUGGAUGAAGAGCAAAGGAUAUUGUUAAAUAGAAUUACG